AUGAAGCUCCUCACCAAAGAAGAAGAGGAUGCCCACUACAGCUCUGUGGUGAAAGGCGGCACAAUCGGCGGAAUCCUCGGUCUAGUCGGCGGCGCCGCAGGUGUAAUGCUCGCGUCCCGCCGCUACCACACAAUCCGCACCCUGACCCUCCCCAUGAAAACCUUCCUCGUCACAUCGAGCGGCACAUUUGUUGGAAUCGUCUCCGCCGAUAACGCCUCGCGGGCCUUCGAAGCAUCCCGAAACCAGGACCUGCAGUGGUACGAGAACCGCGAGGAGCGUCUCCGCCGCGAGGAACUGGCACAAAUGAGCUUCUCGGACCGCGCGAUGGCCUGGGCACGGCGUGAGCGGUACACCAUCGUCGGAGUCACCUGGCUCGCGAGCAUGGUUGGGUCGUUUGCGCUGGUCGGGCGGAACCCGUAUCUGACCGCGCAGCAGAAGAUCGUGCAGGCCAGGGUGUAUGCGCAGGGAUUGACGCUGGCCGUGUUGGUUGCGUCGGCGGCGUUUGAGAUUUCAGAGAGUAAGAGGGUCCGGAGGGAGCUUGAGGCGCGUGCAGCGGCCGGCGGCGCUGGUGGGGAUGCGGCUGGUUCGAAGCUGAGUGUGGAUCCGGGCCACGAGGAAGAGGGGGAUCUGUGGAAGGAGAUGGUGGCGGCUGAGGAGGAGAGGUUGAAGAAGAAACAUCAAUCGCUUUAUGAGUCACAUUCGCACUCGCAUUCAAAAUCGCAUGCCAAGAAACAGGCUGAGGUCGAAGCUCCUGCUCCUGCUCCUGCUCCUGUGGAGAAGACAAGUUCAGGGGAGGAGAAGGAGUAG